AUGCUGGUCAAUCGUAAAACCAGCUUCAAAGACGGCAUGCCUAUGGCGGACUAUGGGCCUGAUGAGAAUCUAAAUGACAAUGCUGACAUUGAGUGGGUCAACAAGGGCUGGGUCCGUCGAUUGUUACGUGUCUGUGCCUUUGUUAGUGUUGUUUCUGUCAGCAUGAACACACCGAAAACGUUUGAAAAGUACCCAUUUCUGCUGUACUUGACCUUCACAUUGGACUUACUCAUCAUGAUUCUAUUUACGGCAGAACUUGUUGCAAAAAUGCAUGUACGGGGAGUUUGGAAGGCUGAAGCAUCCUACCUGAGAGACAGAUGGUGUCAGUUUGAUGGAGUGAUGGUUCUCUGCUUGUGGGGUUCGGUAAUUUUACAGGUAUUAAUUUUUUGUUUGUUUGUUGUAAGCAAGUUUUAUAACAGGUUCUUUAUUUAUGUGUUGAAAUUAGUGGAAUUAUUCGCUCCCCCAAGACCACUAAUUCUUGUGCGGGUUUUUAGGAAUUUUCUGAAGUUCCAGCUCCCCAAGAAUCGAAUCAACUCUAUAUUCAAGCGGUCAAGUCAGCAAAUUUACAAUGUCACCAUCUUCUUCCUGUUUUUUAUGUCACUGUAUGGCUUCCUGGGAGUGCAGUUCUUUGGGAAAUUGAAGCACAGGUGUGUCAGGCCUGGAACUCAGCCAGAUAAUGUGACCCUGUUUGACCUGGCUGUCCCAGAUACGUUUUGUUCACCCGAUGAUGACCCAGACUCAGGCUAUCACUGCCAGAACGGCAUGAUCUGCAUGGAGUUGACCAUGAGCCCAGAGGUCAUGGGCUUCAUUGGCUUUGACCAUCUACCGACCAGUGUGUUUACAGUCUACCAGGCUGCAUCCCAAGAAGGCUGGGUCUUUCUGAUGUAUAAUGCCAUUGACAGUCUACAAUCUUGGAAGGCUUAUCUCUACUUCAUCUCCCUCAUCUUCUUUCUGGCCUGGUUGGUCAAGAAUGUGUUCAUUGCUGUCAUCAUUGAAACAUUUGCGGAGAUCAGAGUUCAGUUCCAGCAGAUGUGGGGGUCACGGGGCGGCAAAGCUGAAUCAGAUGCCAGUCAAGUUAUUCAGAAUGAUGGGGGAGCCUGGCGUCUAGUAAUGGUGGAUGAAAACAAAACCAAUGGCUUAGCUCCUCCAAUCUUUCAGCGUGUUCUGCGGUCAAACUUUUUCCACACGUUCAUACUGAUAAUGGUGUUGGUGGAUGCCAUCACAGCGGCAAGCCUCAGGUUCGACCACUACACCAAGAAACCAGAGGACAAGCUUGAUGGCUUUUAUUAUGCUGAGGUUGUCCUUACAGUCCUGUUUUCUCUGGAAGCACUGUUUAAAAUCUGGUGCCUAGGCCUGCGCGGGUAUCUGAAACGAUCUCUCCACGUGUUUGAGCUCGUCCUGGUAUUUGGAACAGCACUGCACAUCAUUCCGUACUUCUACCGCUCACCACUGACAUCUUUCCAGGUAAUGAGGCUGUUCAGGUUGAUCAAAGCAUCGCCCAUGUUGGAGGGAUUCUGUUUCAAGAUUUUUGGCCCUCCCAAAAAGUUAGGCAGCCUGAUUCUGUUUACCAUGUGCUUGCUGAUCAUCGCCUCCAGCAUCAGUCUGCAGCUGUUUUGUUUCAUAGAGGACUUCGAUAAAUUUGAGACAUUUGAUCAGGCAUUUAAGUCCAUGUUCCAAAUCAUGUGUUCAGAGGGCUGGAUUGAUGUUCCCAAUGAUCUUAUGAACAGUCUCUCAGACACGAGUAUUCAAAUACUCGUGGCCGUUUAUUUUAUCAUCUUCCAUUUAUUUGUUAAUGUGGCCUUCAUGUCCAUGUUUCAAAUCCUAACCCAGAAAGGGUGGAUUGAAGUUAUGCAUGUUACCAUGUCCGAAACUGGGGAGAAGGUGGCUCCGUUUGUGGCCAUUUAUUUCAUUUGCUACCAUUUAUUUGUCACCCUGAUUGUCAUCAGUUUGUUUGUGGCUGUCAUUUUGGACAACCUUGAGUUGGAUGAGGAUAUCAAGAAACUGAAACAGUUAAAAUUACGAGAACAGAGCCUAGAAACACAGGAAAUGUUACCACUGAGGCUGAGGAUAUUCUCCAAGUUUCCAGAUCACCCCCAGAUGGUGCGACUCUACAAAAUGCCAAACGAUUUUGAAAUCUCAGACAUUCGAGAAAGUUUCAUCCGUCAGUUUACAGGAUUGGACAACAGCCUGAAUCUAGUUGUCGACUCACAGGAGCAAGCAGAGAAUGUGUCGCCUGACCUCAAGUCGACCUAUACCAAACUGAUCAAGUCUCCCAUGCAUGAAAGUAGAUGUGGUGGGGCAGUAGAGAAGAAAACAGCGAUCACUGGCAUCAUAAGAGAAGCUAAUCAACAGAAGAUGAUCAGUGGAGGCUCAGCUCAGCUGGUUCCUGUAGGGGGCAGAACAAUGUCCAUCCUGGCCCAUCAGCACCAGAUCAGAAUGGAAAGAACCACUAGAGGAGGGUCCAGACCCACAAGCCUCAAACUAAAGGCACAUCCAAAUGUCAAAGAAAACGGCGAUGUCAAUCCUCAUACAAGUCUGAUGGGUGCUCGCCGAACGGAUGAUUUUGAUAUCAAGGACAUACAACAGAAAAAACAACAAGCUGAACAGAAAAGAAACCAACAGGAAGUGGACCUGAGGGAGAACCACCCGUUUUUUGACACCCCACUGUUCCUGGUUGGGAGAGAGUCCAAGUUACGCAAGAUCUGUGAGAUGAUUGUCAAUGCCAAGUACAAUUAUGUUUUGAGGGACCCAGAUACAGGCAAGAAGAUCAAAUCCAAAUACAAGCAGUUGCACAAACUGUUAGGACUGGUUACCUAUCUGGACUGGGUAAUGAUUAUUGUGACUAUCCUGUCCUGUAUCUCUAUGAUGUUUGAGACGCCACGCAACAGGAUCAUGGAGAACCCAGUGCUGCAGAUUGCAGAGUAUGCCUUUGUUGUGUGUAUGAGUAUUGAGAUGGCCCUGAAGAUCACUUCCAAUGGACUGCUGUUCACACCCAAAGCUGUUGUCAAUGAUUUCAGUGGUGUCCUGGACCUGUAUAUUUAUGGGGUGAGUGUUGUGUUCAUGUGCUGGAUGCCUCGCAGUGUAGAGCCACACUCUCGUGAGCAGAUCCUCAUGAUCCUCCGUUGCUGCAGACCUCUGCGUAUCUACAGUCUAGUUCCCCACAUGAGGAGGGUGGUCUAUGAGCUAGUCCGUGGGUUCAAGGAGAUUGUCUUG